AUGCUUUCACGAGUCCGCCGUCUCCCUACUGCGCUUCCGCGAGCCUCCCCUCGGCACUCUUCUCUAUUUACCCGCAGACAUGCCUCCCAUGGCCCGUAUCCGGAAGGAGUCAAUCCUUAUCCUUACCUCGAUGAUAGCUUCGCGACCAACACUAUGCACGCAGUCGGAUACUUCGGGCGACUCUUCAAAUUCACUGCCGUAGGAGCGGUCUUGCUUGGGACAACCGCUUUCACCGCUUUUGAAGUCGCCCAUCAGUACGUGGAGCACGUGAAGCUUGCGGCAGAGCAAGAUCCGGAGGUGAAGAACUGGCAGUGGGAAUUGGAGGCGGAGAGGUGGACGGGCUCGCCUAAAGGCGGCUCCGACUCUGGUCUUGGGUACAGAGGAAGGCAUACGGUGCGGGCAGCAUGGAUGGCGCUGUACUGGGGCGCUGGACAGAAAGUUGUUGCCUCCAACGCUUUCUCCGGUGGUUCAAGCGGCGCGGCACUUGCUCCGAUCGAUGCGAAUCUGGAGUAUGCGCAGGAGUUUCUCGAGAGCGCUAUCAGGUUCGCGGAGGGCGCGAAGAAAAUCCAUCCGAUGACCUUGGCGACUCUCAUCGCUCGCCGAGCCGACAUUGUGGAGAGGAUAGGGACCGUCGGUGCACUCGACGAGGCACGAGCGGAGUACACCCGCGUAUGGCGUGCGCUCGGAGGACAGGGGAUCGACGCAGCCCGGGUGGCCCUCAAGCUGGGCAACCUCAACCGCAGGUUGGGCGACCAGGAAGACGCGUUGUUGUGGUGGACGCGAACCCUUCAACUACUCCAGGCAACAGCGAUACUCUCAAAGUCCCCGAAUCCGCUCCUUCAUCCCCCGCUGCUCAACGAACCCUCGCAUCAGCGUUGUUGGUUCAGGCCAAGCACUCGAAGAAUCCGCCCUCAACCUGCUCCGCUCCCUCCCCGCCCCUCAAUUUUCGCAUCCGCUUCCCCGCCUCAAGCCCUCCACUUUCUCUAUCUCCUCCAUCGCUCCUCGAUGCUCUCCGUGCACCACGCUGAGAAACCGGCAGCUGCUGAGUCUUCUGAGCGUGUAGCGCGCUCACUCACGCUGGCCCCUGAAGGAUCACGGAUUCAGAAAAACCACUCACCGCUACUACCCACGGAGGCGCCUUUGUCCACCAUGUACGACAACCCUCUUCGCGAUGCAAGGAGCACGGCGGCGAAGGCGUGGAACUACCUCGGUUAUCUUACCGAGAAGUCCUCGGCGCCGGACGCCUCAGCCAGGGCCUUGGAAUGUUACCAACGCGCUCUAGAUUGGGCAGGCGUCAGCCGCGACGAGGAUGGAGGUGCUGGUAAAGCAGGGGAGGGCGUUGCAGAGGCAGAUUGGAAGGUGUAUUGGGCGGAUUAUGUGCGUGCGAGGGAUGUGACGAAGGGCAAGCAGCAGAAGUGA